AUGGUGCCAGGAAUCUUGGCGACCCCUCAAGGGCCAACGGAAUCUUUAUCCAUACGCAUGGAGGUCGAAAACGAUGUUGAGGCGAAAAUGGAAGCAGUGGACGAAGAUGCCGAUGACAUCACUGUCGCUGAUCUCUCUCAGCUGCGUAGUCUCGCCGAACCGCCCUCCGAAUGCCAAGUAUGCGUCGUCGGCGCAGGGCCAGCGGGCCUAAUGAUGGCUGCGACACUCGCCAGAUAUGGGAUCGACGUCCUGGUCGUCGAUGACAGAGCAGAUCAGACGCCAGUUGGGCGAGCCGAUGGCCUGCAACCAAAGACGAUUGAGACUUUUAGGCAACUGCGGCUCGCUGAUCCAUUGCUUCAGCGAGGAGUCCGCGUCUACGACAUUUCUUUCUGGCGCAGCACCCAGGAUGAGCCUCUCCACAGACUAGGACGCGAGAUUCAUUAUCCGCCAGUCAUUGAUGUCCUGGACCCGUACAUUCUGCUCGUGCAUCAAGGAAUCGUGGAAAGCUUGUUGAUUGAGGACAUGGCUAAAAGAGGGGAAACGGUGCGCAGAAACACGGCUUUUGAAUCCUUUGACAACCUGGCCAAAACGGGUCGGCUCCAAGUCAACUGCCGUACAAACGUAACCCAAGACAAGAAGACUUGUAUCACGCAGUAUCUGAUAGGAUGUGACGGAGCGCAUUCCAAAGUUCGCAAGAGCAUCCCAGAUUUGGCGGCCAUUGGCAUGUCGCAAGCUUCCAUCUGGGGUGUAUUGGACGGAGAGCUUGUUACAGAUUUUCCCGACCUUUGGUCAAAAACCUUGGUGUACUCGGAGGAGCAUGGCUCUAUCCUCAUCAUCCCGCGUGAGAGAAACAUGACGAGGUUUUAUAUCGAACUGAAGACAUGGGUCACCGAGGACCGCCGCCAACUCGGUCAGACGUUCGUCAUGGAGCAGGCCAGAAGGAUCAUGGCCCCUUUUUCCUUGGACUGGAAGUACAUUGAGUGGUUUGGGAGAUAUCAGGUCGGACAGCGAGUCGCCAGUCGAUUCUCAGACUCACACACCAAGGUUUUCCUGGCCGGUGAUGCCAGCCACACGCACUCUCCAAAGUCUGCCCAGGGCAUGAACACGUCCAUGCACGACUCUUGGAACCUGUCGUGGAAGCUCAAUCUGGGUGUCCGCGGACUCGCCAAACCCGUGUUGCUGGAAAGCUACGAGGAGGAACGACGCAAGAUUGCUCUGGACCUGGUCAACUUUGACUACGAGCACGCCAAUCAGAUUGCCGGCGGCGAUGCCGUUGCACUGGCCCACAACUUCAAGGCCAACGUGCGCUUCAUCUCCGGGAUCGGGGCAGAGUACUCCAGCAGCCCCAUCAACCGCGCCGAGCCUGAUGAUGCCGCGACUCCACCCGGCGACGCCCGGCCUGGGUGCCUCUUGCCCCCGGCAAAAGUCACUCGCUACAUCGACUCGAAUCCGGUGGACAUCCAGCUUGAUAUUCCCAUGCUCGGCCAAUUCCGGAUCUUCUUGCUCAUGUGGGAUGUUCAGCAGGCAGCACCUUUCCUGUCUACCUUCUGCGCGGCAAUUGCCGACAAGUCUUCCUAUGUCAGUCAACUUUCAGCUGCUGCCAACCAAUCUUACGCCAGGCAGCCAAGGAAGGGCUCGGCCGAGGAUGUUUACAUUCGGCCGGAAAGAUAUACGGCGGUCAGCCACCUGUUUACUUUUGCGCUCAUCACCACUAUGCCAAAGGCGGAAAUAGAAAUUUCCGACUUGCCACCCAUGUUGCAAGAUAGUCGUUGGACGUUGUACCUGGAUGACGUACCUGAAAAAGACACUCGUGGAGCUCUGUGCACCAACAAGUGGUUGGGAAGCCUGGAGCCUGGCGAGGUUGCCAUUGUCAACGUACGACCUGAUGGGUAUGUUGGGUCGGUCGGUCGAUGGGACUCGAACGAUGAUGAUUCUGGAGAGGGAGCGGCAGCGUGGCUGGAUGAGUACUACAGUGGCUUCCUGCAGCUGCCACGAGUUUGA